UCCUUCCUGGUUGGUCACUGUUUCUGAGUGUCUGUUUAAAGACCGUACAGCGGGUGGUCUGCUUCAGGAAAUGAUUUAGUGCUGCUGGUGUCCAGUGUUUGGGACUGGUCCGACAUGCCACCAGAAAAUGAUGCGAGGUGAGAGCAUGCACACCGUGAGGCGAUACGUAGCACAGGGAGCCAGUGGUGGCUGGAAACGUGAUCUGUGAGGACGGCAUGACCUCGGCAAACAUUCAGGAGGGCUCCAGUGGGCAAGUUUCAAUAGGAGUGCCAUCUAUUUUCACGUUUGUGCCAGUGGUGCAGAGAUUACCAUUCAAAAGCAUUGUUGCUGAGGAGAAGGGAUCUGGAGCUCUCACGGGAAAACCAGACGAGAGCGUAGCUGUGUCCCAUGAGAAGACGAGCAGGGAGACCAUGUCGGAAGGGGAGAUACUCAACGCAGAGAUAGUCUUUAUCAAAGACGCCGUGGCGGGAGGAGCAGGAAGCACGAUCCCAGCGGAGACAGAACUUAAAUCGAAGCCCUCACUGGAUCACGUGCGCUUCCCUAACACCAAAGCGUCUCCUUCAGUCAGCGCCCAGCCUGAAAAUACACCCACCCACAGAGCCGCCGGGACAGCGUCUAUGGAAACAGCUGUUGAUAAACACAGGGGCCUUUCCCAGCGGCAGUUUCACGAUACUUCUGGACGUGCUGAGGUUAGCUCGGGUUGCUUUGCAAAUAGAGUCUCAGAGGACAGAGCGAGCCCCACGUGCUCUGUAGACCUGUUCCCCACCCUGGCUUCAUCCAGAGAGUCCCUCCUCUCGGAGGGCUCGGACAGGGACAAGAGCUGGUCUGCCGUGCAGCUCUCCUCUGUCACCUCUCCUGUCUCGUUCAGCCGCACCGUCUCCCCCUGCUCGUCUGUCCGCUCCGGCAUGUUCUCGCCCUCUGUCACCCAGAUCAAGAGGCACUUUCUCGCUCCUGGCUCUAGUCUGGUUCACAUCGCUCAAACCUGUUUCUCAUCCUGCGAGAGCCUGUCCUCCUCUGUCUGUCCCCAGUCCCCUCCUCCCCGGCACCGGCCUCCUCUCACUCGCCUCUCCCUCCUCACUGCCAUCCUGAGGAAAGGCCGUCUUCCUGUUCUGUCCUCUGCUCUGCAGAGGCCUUACACCCCCUGCUGGCCUGUUAACCCUGUGACCCUGUCCUUCUGCAACGCCUGCUCAGCAGCCUCCAGUGUGGCCUCCAUUCCCCUGGAGUUUUCCUCUCCGUUCUCCUCAUCUGUGUCCAUUGAUAGUCCAAGCCACCUUCACAAGGAGCCUAUUAGAUGUGUCACCUCCCCUUCACCCAAAGAGUCAAAUGAGCUCAGCAGAACAUGCCCUCAAACUCAAAUGAAAAGAUGCUCGGAGCAAAUUCGCUCUAGCAGUGUGCCUCGAUGGGAGCAGGUUGUUUCACCCCCACCAGUGAAGAGCAACAGACUACCGCGAGCUCCACUGCCUCUGUUUUGCUCAAACUUCAAAUCCCUUUCUCCAGCAGAGCAUGAAGGAAUAUUCGAAUGUGCAACUUCCAAAAAACUGCAACACACACACAUCUCCCUCUCCCAGUCGCCUGAGCCGAACACCAGCAACACGCGCAUGCACCUCGAGGGCCUUGGAGACAAUAACCUGAACCACCCCUGCUCCCUCUCCCCAAAACGUAUUUACGAGAAAGAAAUCUCCGCACCCCAGAAACGGGGUCCCCCCGCGAAUUCAUCUCUCUCAAGGCUUCACUUGCUUUCUCAAAAACUGAGAUGUCAGCCUGCCUGCCCACCUCAGCGUCAGCCUUCUACGCGUCAGCCUUCUACAUCACGCUCACCCGGUGACACGACUUUCCCGGCACCCGCAGACGCAGCAUCACCUUCCCCUCAUUUACAGCACACCACAGGAAGGUGUGAGUCAGAGAGGAGCUGCUCCGCUCCCAAAGCUGCCACGCCACCACGCGCUUUUCACAAGGCUCACUGCCUGUCCCCUUCCCGCUACACACCCAUCAGUUUUCUUGGAUGGCCGUCACCCACCAGUUCCCCCACGCCUACACCUUCUCCUGCUCCGCCAAUCAGAGACCUCACCCCGUCCCCUUCCCUCUCCCUGCGCUCCAACACGCCCUCCCCAAGGCCGGGGAGUGGAAUAUCAGACUGCAGUGACAGGGAGGGUAAAAAAAGAAAGAUCAACAAGAUUAGGUUAAGCUACAAAUCGCUCGCUGCAAUUCCCACAAACACCCUUCUGCUGGAUCAGCAGGUGAUCGACGAGCAGGUAGAGAGAGAAGACAGUCCCUUCGACUCGUCGGACGGAUGUGCUGCAGACACCCACGCAGAGAUGUGCUCACCCGCUCAGCUCCGCCAACAGUCAGAGGAACUUUAUGCAUGUAUUGAUGAGGUUUUGGCAAAUUCCAUUCCAGAACGCUCCAGGUCACCGACUACCAAUAAUGGUCUGAACAAUUCAACGCUUACGAAAUCCUUGGGACGUGAAACCAAAUAUGCGUCUUUAAGCAGCUUGCACCAGUCUGCCGGCGUGGAGAGAAAGCUGAUGGAUCCUAGAAAGACGAAGCCCGGGGUUAUCCGCCCCAUGACGGCCAAUCCAAGACUGACUGUGGAGGGUGAGGAAGAAUUUCAUCCAAACCCCUUCAGGCCAUCUGUCGUCAGGGAGACUAUAUCCGACAACAGAAAGGUGGAAAACAUGAGUCCAUUCUCAGUGUGUGACCUGCAGAUUACAGAGCCCGUGGACCAGAGCAGACACCCUGCGAAAGAUGCUUCAGCGUCCUCCAGUCCUGCUAAGGGGCGGAUGAAAGCUUUUGAGACUCAUUUUUAGAGUAUUAACAUCCUAUUUUUUUUCUUUGAACAAUUAUCUGCUAAGACAUAUUCAGAAUUUCAGACCAUCUCACAACUGUAGGAGGAAUGACAAGUUAAUUGCACCUUAUCGAAUUAAUUGAAUGAGCGCAUCACCAUAUGUAACAGCAGGGAGUAUGACAACGCAUGUAACUGACCGCUUGCUAAUUCCCAACACCCUUGGCCGCUCGAGCUUUCUGUUCUCCCUCACAGUUUACUGGUGACUACUGGAGACAGUUUACUGCUCAGUGACACAUAUUAUCACUGUUAUAGCGUCAUAAUCGUGCCAGACGCAGUCACAAAAUGUUACAGAUCUGUAGUUGAGAUCAAAAUAAAGGCUUAGUUUAAAGACGGGACGCAUAA